ACGCCUGUGGCUGCGUGGAUGCGUUUACCUGCUUGAAGCCCUGCGGAUUUCCUUGCUUGUCUAAAGAGGUGUGGUUUUGCAGGAGAAACAGGACCAAGAUGCAUUAUUCCUAGUGAAAUAAAGAAACCCGAUGUCGCAAAGCCUGUCAAAGUUGUUCAGUAUAAUAUUAAUACAGAAGAGCUAUAUUCGUAUCUGAAGGAAUUUAUCCAUAUGCUGUAUUUCAGACAUCUGUUGGUGAAUCCCAGAGACCGCCGUGUUGUGAUCAUAGAAUCUGUCUUGUGCCCUUCACACUUCAGAGACACACUCACAAGAGUCCUUUUCAAGCAUUUUGAGGUACCUUCCGUUUUGUUUGCUCCAAGUCAUCUAAUGUCUCUGCUGACACUUGGGAUCAAUUCUGCCAUGGUGCUAGACUGUGGAUAUGCAGAAAGCUUGGUGCUGCCCAUAUAUGAGGGAAUUCCGAUUCUCAGCUGCUGGGGUUCUCUUCCUUUGGGAGGAAAGGCUAUCCACAAGGAGCUGGAGUAUCAGUUGUUGGAGCAGUGCACAGUUGAUACAGGAUUAGCCAAAGGACAAAGCCUUCCAUCUGUGAUGGGCUCGGUUCCAGAAGAUAUAGUAGAGGAUAUAAAAGUCCGCACUUGUUUUGUGAGUGAUCUCCAACGUGGACUGAAAAUCCAAGCAGCCAAGUUCAACAUUGAUGGCAGUGCUGAGCGUCCUUCACCGCCUCCAGACGUGGACUAUCCUUUAGAUGGAGAAAAGAUUCUCCAUGUUGUUGGCCCCAUCAGAGACUCCGUUGUCGAAAUACUGUUUGAACAGGAUAAUGAAGAGACUUCUGUUGCCACUUUGAUCUUAGAUUCGCUCGUUCAGUGUCCCAUAGACACCAGGAAGCAGUUGGCAGAGAACUUGGUAGUUAUUGGUGGCACCGCUAUGUUGCCGGGAUUCCUUCACAGGCUCAUGGCCGAAAUCAGAUACCUGGUAGAGAAACCGAAAUACAAAGAAGCACUUGCCACUAAAACCUUCAGAAUUCACACUCCACCUGCCAAACCCAACUGUGUGGCCUGGCUGGGAGGAGCCAUUUUUGGAGCACUUCAGGACAUACUUGGGAGCCGCUCUGUGUCCAAAGAAUAUUACAGCCAGACAGGCCGCAUACCUGACUGGUGCUGUCUUAAUAAUCCUCCACUGGAAAUGAUGUUUGAUGUUGGAAAAGCACCCCCACCGUUGAUGAAGAGGGCUUUUUCUACUGAGAAAUAAGCACCUAAAUGCUACAGAAGGAUUCUCCUCAUCUAUUUCAAGUAGAUAUAUAUGCAUUGGCGCUUUUUUUUUCGUAUUAAGUAAUUGGUGUGUAACUGUCAAAUAUGAACAAUGUGGAUGUUUUGGGGGAGUAUGGUGGUAGGUACUAACACUAUUUAAAAUCAGUUAUAGUUUAAAAACUUAACUCUGGCAGCUACUGUGCUAUUUCAUCCUCUUCCGAAGAAAUUCUAUACCAUCGUGAGUUGUAGCCUACUGAGUUGUUUGUUAUUUAUCUGUAUAGUAAAUGACAUUGUUGAGAGAAUUUGUUUUUAGAUAUUUUGAUUUUAAAUAUGCUUAGAAGAAUGAAGGACAGUCUACUGUGGGAAACAUGUAUGGAAGCUUUUCUGCCAAAUUCUGUAUUAAAAUAUUCCACCCUUGAAUCACAUGUGAGGAAAUGGUUUGGGGCUGUUUAGCAAAGGUGCUGGAGCAGUAUUUCCCCUGGACACAGUCCUGUUUUUUGAGAGUUUUGGCAGAGAACUCUUCUGCCUGUAAUUCUCACAUAGUGCUGAGCUAACAACUCUCCCAGUAUCUCUCCUCCGAGAAAGAAUUCGACCAUGUAAGAAUGAUAAAUGAGUGUGGGGAAAUCUUGAGUCUCUUAUUGAAAUGUCAACCUCAAAAGUCACUUCUUUGCCCUCCUUCCCACCAUCAGAAAUAUUAAACUUCGUUGUCCCACAGCAAUAUGGAUUAAAUGAAAAUACAAUACAAAGUGCGUUGCUUAAGGAAAAAAAAAAGUACAUUUGGAUAUUAACACUGUAUUUAGGAACUGUUGGCAAAUUAAUAGGCUCUUACAGCAAUGCUGUAACUUUACGUAUUGAAGGAGAAGGAGCACUCCUGUGGGAAAACAAACAUAUGUUUCCAUUCUGCUGCUAGUGCUGCUGGUUUUGGUUUGUCACGAUUCUCACCAUCCUUCCAUAAUACUGCUGUGAAUUAACUUUGCACGCAGAGCUGUGGCUCCCGGUUGGCACUCCAGGCAGUGCCAGUGCAUCUCGGCAGCAUCGUGUCUUGGGAGAGGGGUUUCCCCCGGCCUCAAAUACCACUAAACUUGCAGGCAACGUGCUGAAUUCAGCUCGCUGACUAAAUGGUGACCCUGCUGGUAUCUGUUGAUUACUGAGGUUUAAAUCCUACUCUGAGGAGUAAUUGUUUAUCUCAGAUUUGGGGAGAUAGUAUUCAUAAAGUUAUUGGAGGUGGUGGAGUCUUUUAUUGCCACAAACAUGCUUUUUGUGACUGAUUUCCCAUGCUGUCUGCUAGCUACCUGCUGUGGUUCCUGAAGCACGUUUCUUGAAGUUAAGCAUAUAUUUAAAGAAACGUUCUUGUGGUGAAACUUAAAUGCCAUAGCAUGCUGCCCUGUGUGAAGUAAGCUUCUGCACGAUUUUGUCAUUCCGUUUCAUACAUGCUUUACCUUAACAUAUGGUGUUAGUUGGCACAUGGUAGGACAUACUCCUUCUUAUCUUAAUGGUUUUCAAAUUAAAAAAAAAAA